CCCACUGCUUUCGUAUGUAAAGGGAGUAAUGUAGACUUUACAUUUUGAGGCAUAGGAUUACAACUUGCCUGGUAUUUUUAUGUACUUAUUAGUAAAAUUAUUGUAAAUAUUGUAAAAUUAAUGAAAUAUGGACAUAAAUGGAUUCGGUAUUGAUUACAUACAGAUGUGAGUGAUAAAAAUACUUUAAUAAAAUAUGUGCACGAAUGAUAACGGGUUUCCAUCUUGACAAUUUCAGAAAUAUAAAUAAAGUUUACAAUGUGGGGUGCAUCAGAAGAACCACCAGGAACCAUGGAAGAGGAAGCAUCUGAAUCUAUGGCGCAUGCGAAAGAAAAAUGUGAACAAAAUAAAAGCCAGUUGGAAUCUCUUAAAGAAAUUAUGUUGAAAAAUAAACAGAGUUUAAAAAAGAAAGAAGAGGAAGUUCAGGAAUAUGCAAGGAGACUUUCCAAAAUUAAAUCCAGAGCUAAAUUGUCACGUAGGAGUAGAGAAAGAAAUUUGACUUCUACAGAUGUAACUCAUACAUCUGAGACAUCUUUGGUAGAUACAUCUGAAGGAAGUAUUGAUGAUAUUAGCCAGGCAAAAACUGCAAAAGCAAAGUCUACCUUACUCCAAAAGAAGCUAGCAGAAAAUAGAAAAGCUUUUGAACAACGUAACAAAGAAAUAAUAGAAACUAAACGUGCAGUUGAAGAGAAAGUAGAAGCUAUUAGGCAACAGUUAGAAGAAAAAGAUGUGGCAGUAGUGGGUUUUCAAAGGGAUCAAUUAUCAUCCAUUGCCCCUGUUAAACCAGUCAUGAUUACUUCUGAUGUCAUGUCACCAAUACAAAUUGAGAGUAUUCAGGAAAAAGAAAACAAAAUUGCAGAACUUACUAAUAAAAUUUUGAAGCUUGAAGCUACAAUUAUGGAUCUCCAGGAAAAUUUAAAAGAAAAAGAUUCUGUUAUUGAAUCUAAGACAAAGGCAGUUACCCUUAUGUCCGCAGAUCUUUCAAAAAAGGGUAAAACGACGUUAGAUACUCUCGAAGAUACGAAGGACGAAAUGCGAACGAUGCAGGAACACUUUGUACUUUUAGAGACAUCCCUGAAAAAUAAGAACGAAAAUCUCUUAAUACAAUUGCAAGAAAGGGAUAAUAAAAUAACAGAACUAGAAAAUUCGGUUGAUGGGUUUAAGAAAGAAAUUAACAAGCAAAAGUUGUCUGAGUCAGCAAGUGCUGACUUUUCUCGUUCCACAAUGGAUGCUUUGGUAGAAACUAAAGAAGCAAUGAAAUCAAUGCAAGAAAAUUUUGUACUAAUGGAAUCUUCCCUUAAAGCGAAAAAUGAGAAUUUAUUACAACAGUUAAAAGAUUAUGAGUUGAAGUUAGCAGAAGCUAAUGAACGAGUAUUUAAAUUGGAAUCUGGUAUUGGAAUAGUCAGAGAUCCGACUGUUGAUGAUUUGCAGUUUAAAUUGGAAAAAUUGGAACAUAAUAAUAAGCAGUUGCAAGAUGAAAAAUAUGAGUUACAAAAAGGUGUUGCAGAAUUACAAGAUAAAAUUGUAAAUAUAUCUAUGCAUGGUAAUGGUGCAAUAAUGGAAAAGGAUAAUAGAAUAGUUGAACUUGAAAAUUUAGUAGAAGAGUUAAAACAAUCUAAUAAGCUUCUUGAAGAAGAAUCUAAAGCAGAAUUGCAAAAUCAAGUAGCAGAUUUAACAUUAAAAAAUGAAGAAUAUUCAAAUAAAAUAACCGAUCUUGAAAAUUUGGUACAUAAACUUGAAGAACAAAAAAAUGAAAUCGUGGCAAAAUUAUCAGAAGAAAGUACUAUUAAAGAAGGUGAAAAAGUGAUGAAACUUACCAAAGAAUUGGAAGAAUUAAAUAAGAGUAUGAUUAAAAUUAAAGCACAACAUAAAAGUAAAGUAAAAAGCCUACAAAAACAGUUGGAGAACUUUAAAAAGGUGUCUGAUACAAAUGCAGAACUUGUCAGAUUGGGGAACCAAGUGGCAUUAUUAGAGGAAGAGAAAGGUAACCUUCAGCUGAGUCUGGUAGACUUUGAUGAGCUUAAAGCCUCAGCAGGAGAUUGGCAAGAACGUGUUGUUGAUCUUGAAAGUAAAGUUUCUGCUCAAACGAAAGAAAUUGAAAUGCAAAUUGAAGCCAUUGCUACUCUAGAGAAUCAAAAAUUGGAUCUUAUGCAAGAGCUCCAUAUGGCGAAGCGGGAAAUUUCGUCUCUAGAGGCAGAAAAUGCAGAAUCCGAAAAUCUUAGAGUAACUGCAGAAAUGAAAGUGGUUGAUCUUGAAGAGCAAUUAGAAGCUAUGCACAGAUUGCAAAAUGAAAGUAAAUUAGAAUCUUCAACGGAAGCUAAUCAUACAGAAUUGAUCAAACAAGUGGCAACCUUAACACGAGAAAAUUCCGAGUUAUAUAAUAGAAUAUCAAAACUCGAGGAAAAAGGAACAUCUGACACUGGGUCAACAGAGUCGUUCGAAACUGUACAAGAAUUAGACAAGACUGAUUUAUUGAAAAAGGUCGAAGAUUUGACACAGAAAAAUAGUAAUUUAACCCUUAAAUUAAACAAACUUCAAGAAAAAGAAAAUUUCCAUGCUGAAUCUACAGAAUCUAUAAAUGACCCGGAUAAAAAUGAAUUAUUAAAGAAGAUUGAUCAAUUAACCCAAGAAAAUACAGAUUUAACGAUGAAGUUAAGUAGAGUGGAAGAGAAAGGAUCUUCUGAUACGGGUUCGACAGAAUCUUUUGAACGGAUUCCAGAGCACAACGAAAGUAUAACAAAAAUCGAGCUUCUCACACAAGAAAAUAGCGAACUUGUUAUUAAACUUACAAAACUUGAGGAACAACUAGAACAUGUAGAAUCUAAAUCAAAUAUUGAUUUGAAAUUAAAAGUUGAUACUUUAUUACAAGAAAAUGAUAAUCAGUCUGUAGAAUUAUCUAACCUCAGAAUUCAAAUAACAAAUCUUAUUGAAGAGAAUAGUAAAUUGCAGAAACAAAUUGAAACAUUGUCUACUAUUGUCAAAUUAGAUGAUGAUUCUCAAAUUGAAACAAAAUUAUCUGAAGCUUCUGAGAUAUCAAUUAGAGAAAUUGAUUUUAAAGCACAAGUUGAUAUAUUAAUGGAAGAAAAAAGUCUUUUACAAAAAGAGGUAAAAGAAUUACGUAAUUCACUAGAUCAGUGGCAUGAAACGACUCAAGAUCUUCAAAUCAAUGAUUUGAGAACCAAAAUAGAAGAAUUAUUGAAAGAAAAUGAAGAAGUAGUUACAAAGGUGUCGGAACUUAAAAGUUUUAAUCAAAAAUUGAAAGAUAAUUUAACUGAAGUGAUGCUAGAAAAAGAAAAAUUACAUCUAAAAAUGAAUCAAAUGUUGCAAGAUGAUCCUGAUAAUGAGAAGUUAGAACUUAUUGAAAAAUUAGAAAAACUAAAUCAAGAAAAACAAGAUGUUGUUCAAGAUAGCACUGGUUUACAGAAAUCGGGUCAGGAAGUAUUUGAAACUCCACAAUCCGAUGAUGCUCUGUCUCAACAAACAGAAUCCAUGAUUGUUGCUUCCUUAGAACAUGAGAUAGAAAAAUGCAAAUGCUUAAUCACAGAACAAACAGGCUUAAUUGAAGAAAUGAAAAUAAAACUUGCAAACAAGGAAGAAGAAUUAGAGGAAAAAGGUAAACAGAUUAUGGAAUGUGAAAAGUCUGGAAAGAAAGCAGAAAGCUUGGAAAAUGAAUUAAAAGAAAUGUUUAAUACUUUAGAAGAAUGGAAAUAUAAGUGCAAUGAAAUGCAAGAAAAGAUGGAGAAACUGGAAGCAGGAAAAGCUUCCAUCGAAGAGGGAUUCAAAAUUUUGCAAAAUGAAUACAAAAUAUUACUAGAUGAAAAGGAAAAGAAAGAUGCAGAAAUUAUUUCACUGCAACAACAAUUGCAUAGUACAACGACGACAUUUGAAUUAAGGCAUCAGGAGCAGAUUGCAGCUGUCUCUGAAAAGGAUAAUGAAAUUGCUAAUUUUAAAGCAAUUAUUGAAGACAAAAAUCAAGAGUUACAAGCUAAAAAUGCAGAAUUACAAAAUAAAAUGAUUAUGAUAGAUAGUUUACAGGAUGAACUUAAUAACUAUAAAAUGUUAAUCCAAGACAAAGAUUCAUUGCUAACGUCGAUAUCUAACGAAGUAGCAAAUCUUAGUAAUCUAGUGAAAAGUAAAGAAGAAGAAAUACAUUCUUUGAGAAAAGACGUUGUCGAAUUGAAUAACAAAGUAAAGGAAUCAAAACCUAUGAAAGAUUAUGAUGCUUUGGUAGAGCAAUUGAAAGAUAAGGAUAUGAUCCUUGAUGAACUAGAGUGUAAGAUCAAUGCAACCACGAAAGAAAAUAGUAAUUUAUUGGAAAAAGUAAAAAAUCUGUCUCAGCAAAAUUACGAUAUUCAAAAUCAAUUAGUCGAGAAGCAACGAGAAUUUGUUGAUUUAAUUACAAUGAAAGAUCAUCUAGAAGUACAAAUUGUGGAAGCUAAGAAUGAAAAAAGUGAAGCUGAAAGGCAAGUUUGGGAAUUACAGAGCAUUAUAGAUAAUAAUACAGGAUUUGUGAAUGAUGUGCAAGCAGAAUUAAGAAGCACGUAUAAACAAAUAGAACAAUUAAAAGUGAAGCAUACUGAAGAUACUCAACUGCAAAACCAAAGACUUGAAAAUGUAAUUGAAGAAUUGAAUGCCAAGAUGCAAGAAUGUGAAAUCUUGAAAGGUGAAUUACAAGAAAAGGAAAGACUAGUUGGUCAUAAUAUAACUGAAGAAGCUAAACUUGCUUUAGAAGCUAAAGUUGCCGAUUUGGAGCAAAAGUUAAAGGAUUCGGACGACAAGAUACAAAUGCAGCUAGAAAAGAUGAAAAAAAUUGCCGCUAAUUUAAAGAAGAAGACAGCGGUAUGUCAAGAGCUUGAGAGUAGAGUUACCGAGCUCGAAGAGAAGUGGACGACCGAAAAGGAUGAAAAAGAAGCUAAAAACAAGCAAAUUCAGGAUGUGGAGAUUGCAAUACGCGAAAAGGAUAAUAGAAUAGCCGAUUUAGAAGAGAAACUAAUACAAGCUAGAAACGAGUCCACAGAAGCUUCCAAAAAUAUCGAAAGAUUAACAAAUGAUUUGACUAAUUCAAAGGAGAAGAUGCCUCUCCUUAUGCAACAAUUUACAGAAAUGGAAGAGGAAAUUGUGAAGUUACGUAAAGAUAUUGAAUCUUCUACAGCAGAACUUGCAACAGAAAGAGAAAGCAAACAGAAUAUAAUCUUGGAAUAUGAAUCUUAUAAACGGCAGGUUAUUCAAGAAAAUGAACGUAAACAAUUGGAGCUAGAAGACAUAAAGGAGAAAGCUAGAGAGCUUAGUGUACGAAUGCAAGUUAUGGAAGCAGAGUAUGUUGACCAGCUUGCAUUAAUUAAUGAUCUUAAGGCUCAAAAUGGGCUAUUACUGUCAAAGCAGGCGCAUAUUAAUGAAAAAUUGGAAAUUGUUGAAAAAGAGUCGGAAGAACGCAGAUUGUUGAUCGAGCAGAUGGAGAAAGCAGUUAUUAACACAUCAACGGAAACCACUCAAACUUUGGAAGAAGAAGUUACUGAGGAUGAUACAAAAAUGACUGGAAUCCAACAUUGUAGUCAUUGUGAACAAUGCCAGACUUUGGUGCAAGCAUUGGAAGCAAAAUUACAAGAACGAGAAGCUGAAAUUGAGAAUUUGGAUAAUGAAUUAGCUAAUUCUAUUGGUAACUUUGUUCAGAUGAGAGAAUCUCUUAGAUUCAACGAUUUGAUGAAUCAAACUAGUAUGAGAAACAGAUCAUUAGAAGAUCCAUAUAAUGAUCUUUUGUUCCAGUAUAAUUCAUUGAUAGCAAAUCACGAGGAGGUGAAAGCAAAAUUGGAAGAAACAUUGAGAGAAAAUAAAGAAUUGAUAGGAAAAGUUGAAGAACAGCAAUCUAGAAAUGCCACUUUGGAAGAGAAGAUAAUUAGAACAGAGCAGAUAUUGGAAGACAAUAAACAGAACACAGAAAGAUUGGAAGGUGCUGAUCUAUUAAAUUCUGAUUUAACCAAAGAAUGCAAAGUACGGGAAACAGAAUUAUUAAACAUGCAACAAAAAAUGCAAAUUGUUCAGAAACGCGCUGAUGAACUAGAACAACAAUUGAGCUUACAAAUAGAUUCUCUUAAAUCAAUGGAAGCACAGAGAGAAAUGGCAGAAAAAUUGUUGCAAGAUACUAGACACAGUUUGGAACAAGAAAUUGAGUCUCUUAAAGUCGAUAAAGAAUCCAGUGAAAAAAGAAUGGAGGAAUUAAAGAUGGAGUUAGAUGCGUAUAGAAAUUUGAAUACAGAAUCUAUAGAGAAAUCAAAGAAAGAGUCACCCGUUCUUGACAAUGCUCCUCAGAAUAAUACUCCCCAAUUAUUUGAUGCUUCUAAAAUCUUUGGUAUGUCAUCUGCUUCCAAUUCCGAUCUUUUAACUAACAAAGAAGUGAGAAGAUUGCAGACUUUAUUAAACGAAAAGGAAGCACAGUGCUCUAAUCUAACUCAAGAGAUUAAUCAUCUGCAGAAAUUGAUGAUUGAAGAGAGGACACAGAUAUCUCAGAAUUAUAGUCAACGUGUUGAAGAAUUAGAAGUUUCACAGAAACAAUUACAUGCUGCAGAGGCAAAUGUGGAAAAGCUAAAAGAAGUACUGACUGAAAAAGAAAAACAGGUUGAUUCACUGAAUGUAGAGUUACAUAAUCUUAGUACGCAAAUGAUGGAACAGCAAAAUGAUAUCGAAAAUAAGUUCAAGGAUUCAUUGUUAGCUAAAGAUAAUCAGAUAGAGAAAUUAAACAUGACUUUAAUCUCCAUGAAGGAAGAAUUAAACAAAACUGUUGAAGAUCAAAACCAACAAAAAGUCCUUUUAGACUCGUGCAAAUUACAAAUAAAUAACUUAGAAGCAGAACUAAAAAAUUCUACCGAUCUUGAAUUGAUACCAGAGCUGGAAAAUCGUGUAUCAAUUCUUACCAAAGAGAGAGAUUUGUUGCAACUGCAAGUGAAUGACUUGUCUAGGUCUAUGGAGGAGUUGAAGGACUCUAUAAACGUUGAACGACACUUGCAGAUGGAGAUUGAGAAAACUAUGCACGAGAGAGAUGAAGCUAGAGAACUAGUUGUAAACCUUACUCGAGCUCUGGAAGAGGCGAAUAAACAGUCCGAUAAAACGCUUACCAUCACGGAUACGUCGAAAGAAUCUACUCCAUUAGAGGAAAUUACUGUUGGACAACAGACAGAACUGGAGACCACAAAAGUUACAACAGAGGAAAUUCAGCAGGAGGUUUCCUUAGAUGUGGAAGCAGCAUGGGAUGCUGGAUCGAUGGAAAAACUCGACGAGGAAACCUGGGGAUGGAAUGCGGAUGACGCUCAGUUAGCUGAUGAACAACAUCUCACUACUACAUUGAUUCCAAGCAAGGAAAUGCAGUUACAAGCCAAAAUAGAUGAUCUUAAGGAUCAGAUCAAAGAUUUAGAGAAGGAGAAGGAGAAGAUGAUGGAAGAAAGUAAAACUACUCAAUUGAGGAAUGCAAAAAUGAUAAAAAAAUUGAAGGAGUACAAGGUACAGUUGGAGAGUCUCCAGCAACAGAUAAAAAUACAGAAGUCAGCAAGUGAUUUUUAUGAAUUGGAUUCUGCAAUAGAGGAAGAAUUGAAGUCUCAGAUUAGUAAAUUGGAAAAGACCUUGGUAGAGCUUAAAGAAGAACAGAAAAAUACUGUUGCUGAGAAAGAGGCUUUGAUAAAACGUUUAGAUGUGGUAGUUUCUGCGAAUGAAAGGUAUAUGGAAAUGAAAGAAAGACAGGACAUGGAUAUGGAAGUAUUACGUAUUCAAAAUAAGGAAUUAUCUGAUAAAGUUGAGGCUCUUGACAAACGACUACAGGGAAGUGCAGUUAAGUUAGACGAAAAUGACAUUUCUCAAAAUGAAAACAUUUCUUCGAACGAAGAGUCUAAGCCAGCUACACAGGAACGUUCUCGAGAAAAGCGAUCUGUUCAAGAAGCAGAUUAUGAAAAUUUGUGUAAAACAUAUAAGGAUGAGAUCGACGAUCUUAAGGAUGAGAUGGAGGCGCUUGCAACUGAAAAUGAACAACUUCAACAUUUCUUAGAAGAUUUAAAGAUGAAAUUAUCUGCUUUAGAAUCAAAACGAACUGCGGAAGAAAAUGAAUCUAUCCAGAUUGUAGACGAUUUAAAUAAAAGAAUUUCGGAAUUGCAGGGAAUGUUAAGCAAAUCUAGAGAAGAAUAUGAUUUAUUGAGGAAGCAGUACGAACAGAGUUUGAUGGAUGCCAAUGAUCAAGUUACGGCCAUGAGACAAAAUACUGAUUUUUUGAAGGAGGAAGCAUUUGAAAAAACUAAUAAAUUGGAAAUGGAAAUAGCUGAUUUGCGUCAACAAAUCGAAAUCUCCGAAUCAAAUGCCAUCGAACUACAGAAAAGAUUACAGGAUGUUCUACAAGAAAAAGUAUCUGCAGAAGAAAAGCUAACCGCUUUAACAACAUCUUCAGAGAAACAAUUAUCUUCUAUGAAUGCGUCGAUGGUGGAAGUGAUCGAUCUUUUAAAUAUCAGAAUACAAGAAGUAGCGGACUUGAAGCAGGAACUUCAAAAACAGUAUACGGACAAUGAAGGUGCAAAGUUAAAAUUGCAGGACACUAUACAGGGUUUGAAUCAGGAGCUCAGUGAAAAGAAACAACAGCUGGAAAUUCUGAAGAAAUCUCUUAGUGACAAAGAAAAUGAAUGUAUUCAGCAACAGAGUAUGGAAACUGUUAGUGCUACUGUCAGUCAAGCUACUCAAGAGUUAGUACAAAAACAUGCAAUUGAAAUUGAGGAAAAAGAAAAACAGAUACAAAAUCUUAAUGAAAGACUAUCGACGCUAGAGAAAGUUAUAAGUGAGCAUUCACUUGAAAACCAGAAUAAUAUUUCUCAGUUUCAUGCUCUGCAACAAGAACUGGAACUUUUAAAGCAGAAUUUGAUGGAAAAGGAGUCAAGUCUAGAAUCUAUUCAGGUUAAUUUAAUAUCAGUAACUGACCAGUUGACUGAGAAACAACUAGAGUUAUCUGAAAGCAAGGCAAGAGUUCAGAAAUUGUCGUUGGAUAAUCAAAGAUAUAUGGAAACGAUUGAAGAACUGAAUAAGCGUUUGAAUGAAUCUGAAGCAGCAUCAGUCAGUGUAAAUGAAUACAUAUUACGUAUUCAGACUUUAGAGCAAGAAAUUCAAAGUACGACGUUAACUUUGAUGGAAAAAGAAUCGAUUUUGCAGCACCAUAUUCAGGAAAUCACAGAGCAGAAGACAGUUUUAGACAACAAUAAAAUUGAAAUUGAUAAACUUCGUACAGAGGUACAAAACGUAGAGGAUUUGAAAAAUGAGCUCUUAAGGAAAACAGAACGAAUAGACAGUUUAAAUUUGGAAUUAGAAGCCACUCGUAAGACAUUAGAAGAAACUCAUCAUAGUUUGAAUGAAAAGGUAUCUCUAUUAGAGAAGAGCAGUCAAAUGUUAAAUGAGAAACAAAUGGAAAUUGAUAGAUUAUCAGCUACUGUACAGCAGAGUCAACACCAACAGAGCUCUUCUAACACUAUAGAUGGUUUACCAGUUUUUAGAAUGGGUAAUAAUGAACAAAAUUUACAGCGUACGAUAGAUAACAUGCAGGUUGAAUUGGAAAGGAAGGAAGAAGAGAUUGAGCAUUUGAAAUACAUUCUAAAUGAAAAUACAUAUCCCACUAUAAUUCAAGAAAUGCAACAAAGAAUCAAUUGCCUGUAUAAUGAAAAGGCUGAGUUGGAAUCUGCUUUGGAAGUAGCUACUAUAAGAGCCGAAGAUAAGGAAAAACAAAUUGAUGCUUUGAAACAACGAAUAGAGAUACAAAAUCAAGAAUUUGUUUCCAAAGAAGAGGCAAGUCUUCAUUCCAAAGAUCGAAGAUCGGUUCAAGAUCAAGAACAAAUUGUUAGGCUUCAAAAUGAGUUGUAUGCCAAGGAACAGGAAAUUAACGAACUAAAGUAUGUCAUAGCUGAGAAAGACUCUCAGUUGUCUCUUCAAACCAGCAUGGAGCCUCAAUCAGAUGAAUUUGAAUUGCGUGAAAUGGUGCAGAGAUUGACUACUGAAUUAUAUGGUAAGGAACAGGAAAUUCAACAUUUGAAAUCAACAAUUGUUGGAUUGCAGAAAGAAGUUUCUCGUUUGCAAGAAUUUGAGAGGCUCUCGGAAACAACUAAAGAUGUUAUACAAAAACUUAAUAUCGAGAAAGAACAGGUUCGUUUGGAGGCUCAUGAAUUCUUGGAGAAGAAACUGAGAGAGAAAGAAAUGGAGAUCGACGAAAUAAAGCAAAGAUUAGUUAAGGAAAAUCAAAAUAUUUUAAACGAACUACGAUUGAGGGAUACGGACAUUGAAAAUCUGAAGAAGCAACUGAAAGAAUUUUCUACGAUAGAGCAGACAAUGAAAAACGAAUUGCACCAGAAGGACGAAGAAUUGAUUCGAGUAAGCUCCGACCUGGCAGAAAAGGAACGUAGGUUGGCCGAAUUGAGUAUCACCAAAGAGGCGGAGCUUCACAAUUUGAAAAUUCAAAUUCAUGAGAAGGAGGAACGUAUAGAGGAAGUUUUAGCAUUAUACGAUGAAGCAGGAAAACAACUUACCGAGUUCAAAAAUACUUUAGCGGCCAGAGAAACGGAAAUAAAUUCAUUGAAGACACUUUUAGAAGAGAAAGUGAAGGAAUAUGAAUUAAUUCGAAAUGUUUUAACGAAAGACGUUCCUGCGACUGAUACUUCUGCAGUUCGAAGCGUAGAAGCUUCUGACGAAGAAAACAAAGCGUCGACUUCGCAAGAACUAGAUCUUGCGUUGUAUAUGCUUCAUCAAAGGGAUGUCAGAUGCGAGGAAUUGACGCAUGAAUUGAUGCAGUUACUCGAAGAACGUGACACAUUGCAAUUACGCCUCUCUAACGCAAUCAGAGUGAACGAAGAGCUGAGAAAGAUGGGCAGUUCAGCGAGCUCCGACCUCAGUCCAAAGAGGGAGGCGUCAUCUUCUAGCACUGUGGAACCAAUCGUGGAACAUCCUUCACCGUCAAAGUCUGAGGGACCAGUCGAGAUAGCGAAAGAGGCUAUUGAUACUCCAAUUGGAGAAGACAAGGAAACUCUUGCUCUGAAGCUGUCGCAGCUGCAAACGGUGAGCCACGCAAAAGACGUGCGAUUGAGGGAUGAGCGAGAAUUGAGGCACACACAGCAAAUGUCUUUGCUAGCGCACAAAGACGUUCUAAGUACCCUGCCCCCAGAAGCAGCUGCCCGGCUCGUCAAUGCAAAUUAUACACUCUCUAGGGAUGUUCAGAGUCAAUCGAGCGUUUUGCUGAAUUGGCUGUGGGGAAAAAGCACGCCAAAGGUGGUGCACAUGUGAUGGAAUAUUAAUGACGGUGAAGUGAACACCAUCCUUGCCUUCUGGAUACAUUCCUGCCAAGUGCCAACUGCCGGGGCUAUUCCUGUAAUUAGACUAGAUCGAACGAGAUAAACGUGAUUAAAGAUGUGACGCACGUAUUCCUGUGAUUCAAGGAUGCAAAGAUGUCUGUAUUUUUAAUGUGACGAUUCUGAGCGUUGGAACAUUAAUCGCGUCAUGCUUCUAAAGGAGCUUCUCCUGAAGCUUUUAAAACGAAAAAGUCGCUCCAUCUCUUCAGAGGAAAAGAGAGUGUGAGAGCAUGACUAAACUGUAUUAUAAUCGUUGUAUAGCUUUUAUGUUUAGAUAUAUUAUAACAAAACAUUGCCUUGGAGAAAAACUGUAUAUUUCAGUUAUUUUAUUAGCUAUGAAAUUGUUAAUAGUAUAAGAUGUUUCUCGGGUAUCGAGUUCCGAUAUUUGAUGGAAGAAUAUUUGUUCCGAUGAUUACUCUUAGUUUUUGCAAACUGUUUUGUUCAAAAUGCGUUUCAUGCAAAUUCUCUGUGAUUUGCCAGCGAUUUAUUGACGUAAACGUUUCUAGAGAAUGGUAUCGAUGAAAUUGAUAGCAAAUUGAAAUAAAAUGCUGGCAAAACACAGGAUCAUCGAAAUCUAGAUAUCGACCGCAAAUGGAAGUGCCGUAUUUGUUGCUUUUUAAAUGCGAUGACUCGAACUUUCUAUUUCCACGAAAUUUUGUACAGGGACAAGAAAGCGUCGGUGAAUAAAUAAAUUAUGAAACUGAAGUAUUUA